AAUACUAUUGAAUGAACCCCCUGUCUCCCCCCUUGGAAAUAGAUGGGCUUUGCGGCCGGGGAGACCCAGGAGCCUCCCCCCCGCCAGGCCCAGAGACCCGGAGGGAGACAGAGACUCACACGCCCGCACCCAGAGACGCUCGCCAGGACCGACGUUUUUGUUGGUUUUUGGGGUGGUUUUUCUCCCUCCCCUCGGACCUGCUGCUUCUCCCGUCACCACAGUGGGAGCCAGGAAGAGGCCUAGUUGCUAGCGGUAGUUUUCCCGAGCAGCCACGACGGCAUUCCUACAGAAGAAGGGGGAGGACUCCCAAGCGGCUUUCAAGGAGGUCCCUGGGUGGAAAUUUGGGGUGAAGAUGAAACCGGAAAGAGAUACCCUAGACGAAUAUUUUGAAUAUGAUGCAGAGGAGUUCUUGGUCUCCCUGGCCUUACUGAUUACAGAAGGGCGAACACCAGAAUAUUCUGUAAAAGGUCGGACCGAAGGCUAUCAUUGUCCUCCAUCUCAGUCCAGUCAACCACUAACGGCAAAGCAUGAAUGCAGCGAUAAACUUGCCCAGUGUCGUCAAGCCAGGCGAACCAGAUCUGAGGUUAUGUUGCUGUGGAAGAACAAUCUUCCUAUCAUGGUUGAGGUGAUCCUGCUGCCUGACUGUUGCUAUAGCGAUGAUGGGCCCACCACAGAAGGGAAUGAUUUAAACGACCCCGCCAUCAAACAAGACGCAUUGUUAUUAGAAAGAUGGAUCUUGGAGCCAAUUCCUCGACAAAGUGGCGAUCGAUUUAUUGAAGAGAAGACUCUGCUAUUGGCGGUUCGCUCAUUCGUGUUUUUUUCCCAGUUAAGUGCUUGGCUGAGUGUCUCCCAUGGUGCUAUUCCGCGCAAUAUUCUGUAUAGGGUCAGCGCUGCUGAUGUGGACCUGCAAUGGAAUUUUUCCCAGACUCCAACUGAGCAUGUAUUUCCCGUUCCCAACGUCUCUCACAAUGUGGCCUUGAAAGUCAGUGUCCAGUCCUUGCCUAGACAAUCUAACUACCCAGUUUUGAACUGUAGUAUUCACACAAACUUGGGCUUUUAUGAAAAGAGGAUUCAAGAACGUGACUAUCAGACUCUUCAGCACUGUGAUUCCAAUGAAGUAGAGCAAUGCAGUGUCCCCAGCCCCCAGCGUCUGUGGAGCAAGCAAACUUGGACCAUAGUCCCCGAAGGCUUGUUACACGCCCGAAAACCCCUAACCCCAGAAUUCACCACAACUAUCAAGAAUUUCAAACUUUAUCCAGCUUCUGGCCACGGAUCUGACUCGGGAUCCUCACCGCCCAGGCUUCACUGUUUUAGCGCCAGCGGAGACGCGAAACCACCGGACUCGUCCGUGAGAACGUUAAAAUCAUUUUCGCUGGUGGAUCCCCAUGGUUCUAGUAACCACGCUUCCCGACAGUCCCGAGGAGAGGCUAACCCCUUAAUAGGCUCUCUCCUUCAGGAACGCCAGGACGUGAUUGCUAGGAUUGCACAGCACCUGAUUCAUUGUGACCCAACUCAUGUUCCGGGCCGUUCGUUCGGGGGGCAGGACUCCAGCACGGUCCACGCGAAAAUCUUCCGGACUUCAUAUGAAAACGAAAACUUACUGAAGAGAAGCAAGGAGAACCCUCCGAUUCCUUUGGUCGGUUCAGAGUUCACUUCCUCAGAAGACUCCAGUGCGGGCAAGGCCAGGACACGACCCGACGGGCCACUGAUCGACGCCUUCAUUUCCAGCAGCCGUCCUCCUCAUCAGUCAGCUGCUGAGACUAACCCUCUGAUCGGCUCUUUACUUCAGGAACGACAAGAAGUUAUUGCCAGGAUCGCGCAGCACCUGAUUCAUUGCGACCCAUCCGCAUCACACAUCACCGGGCGGCCCUUCAAUGGGCACGACCCGAAGGUUUUUCGGAGUCCAUACGAAGGCGAAAACCUGGGGAAGAAAAGCCAGGAUGCCAACUCGGAGUUCACCUCUUCAGAAAACAACAGCGAAACGAAAAACAAGACGGCUGCCGAGGACCCUCUCGGUUCUUUAAAAUGUAACGGUGGAUUGAAGUCCUCCCCAAAACCCCAAGCGAGAAGAAAUCUUCAUUCAGCAAGAGCCAGUGAAGUUGUCCAAAGCACAUUUCAGCAGACUCCGAGUAAAGCUUCCCCGUUACCGACUUGCUCGAAUACAUCUCGUAGCAGAGAAAACAAAUCGGAGUCGCCGGACAGAUUGGAAGCAACUCUUCCUGGCUGUACGUUUAUAGGCCAGGACAUCAGUAAUGGACUCGCCAAGCAGCAUUCGAUUUGCAACAGCUUUGAUGAGCAGAUUUGCACACGUAAACUUAGGGAGAGAACAGUCGAAACUGAGAAGAGGAAUCUGGAGCCUUCGACUAAUCUCCAUCUAGAGAGCUCCAAUAAACUUGAAGGUUCAAAGAGAGCUACUGGGAUGCAGAUAUCCGACCCUUUGCAGAAACGGGAGCUUAAGUGCUUAAAUAAAGACUCCAAGAAACCAAAACCAUUGGAGCAAAAUGGCCAACUUGUUAGUAUAGAAAAUUAUGCAAAUAAAGACAAUGACGGCUUGAAAUGCAAAAAUAAGCCAGACAAAUUACAGACCGAGCAUGAUGAGAACAAAGCCCCAGCCGAUCAAGAAUGUCAAAACUGUAGUCAGAGAAAGCCUUUAGAAGAUCGUUUGGCCAAGUGCGAGCGACUAAAAAACACAGACAUCCUGAGAACAAUACCACUGAAACAUUCAAGCGUGUGGCGGAAACACAAUUUUCGUUCCUUGGAUGGGACCUCAACCAAGGCCUUCCAUCCUCGGACUGGAUUGCCUCUACUUUCAAGUCCUGUUCCUCAGAGAAAAAUGCAGUCAGGUUGCUUUGAUCUGGAUUCAUCUUUACUACAGUUAAAAAACUUAUCUUCCAGAAGUCCACAACCGUGUGCGAAGAUAGAAGAUGACUCAGACAUCCAUGGAAAACCAUGUCUGAGCUCUAGUGCUCCACCUGUAACAAGUCUUAGUCUUCUAGGAAAUUUUGAGGAGUCUGUCUUGAACUAUCGUUUAGAUCCUUUAGGUAUUGUCGAUGGCUUUACGGCUGAGGUGGGGGCAAGUGGAGUUUUCUGCCCCACUCAUAUGACACUUCCCGUUGAAGUGUCCUUCUACAGCGUUUCCGAUGAUAAUGCCCCAUCUCCCUACAUGGGUGUGAUCACUUUAGAGUCCCUUGGUAAAAGGGGUUAUCGAGUACCUCCUUCAGGAACGAUACAAGUGACCUUAUUUAAUCCCAACAAGACUGUGGUGAAGAUGUUUGUUGUGAUGUAUGACUUACGAGAAAUGCCAGCCAAUCAUCAAACAUUCCUACGUCAAAGAACUUUUUCUGUACCCGUAAAACGAGAAAUGAAGAGAAAUAUUAAUAAAGAGAACCUUCGCCAGACUGAAGAAAGGCUAUUACGCUACCUCAUCCAUCUGAGGUUCCAGAGCUCUAAAUCUGGAAAGAUCUACCUCCACAGAGAUGUGCGGCUCCUGUUCUCUCGAAAGUCGAUGGAAGUUGACAGCGGUGCUGCGUACGAACUCAAAUCUUACACUGAAGCUCCAACAAACCCUCAGUUCUCGCCCCGUUGUUGAAAAGCAGUACGAAGCCCAAGUACUCGUUCGACACCCGAUCUGAAGUUGGAGGGGAAGACGUGGCCCCGGAGGGAGCGUCCCCCAUAUAGCGGCAGCCGGCGAGGGUGUGGCCGCCCUCCCAACCCUGGACCGGCUUCUAGGGACCGUGUCUGGAACGAGCUCUGUGGAAUCCAAGUAGACUGGAAGCGAACACUUAAGUCCUAAUGCUUUUUGUACUGUUGAAAUCACUUCGUUGGAUGUGUUGCAAUAGCAGAAGCCCCCCAGUUAGUUUAGUGUUUACACAUUUUAUUUUUCAGUUAUUUAAUAUUUAAUGUUUCAUUUAAUACUCAAGUGAUGUUGGUCUCUAGUGUUCUAAUGUAGCACAAAUCCUACGUAAAAUCAUACUAUGUAUUUUUGACAUUAGUAUUGAAAUCGGAAACUAUAUACAGAAGUCUUUGAUUCUGUGUGAGGUGUUUUUAAGUGAUAUUCAUUUAAGUUAUUGAAAACCAGAAUGACUUUUUGAACUUCCAUAAGCAUUAUCAUACUAUGCAAGCAUGUGUGCUUUCGUUUCCGUCAUCCUCCGCGUUUUUAAUUUUCACUCUCCUGACUCUCGAUGCCCGCACACCAGUCUUGGAAUGGGGCCAGCGGGGCCAUGCACGACCCCCUGCUUUUACUCUUUCUCUCCCCCUCCCUUCCCCUCCGCCCCCGAAUUCGGUUUGCCCGGGCAGUUUGUUCUAACAGUUCAUCGUCUGCUCUCAGUCCUUUUCUCUCCCAAGAGCCAAUCAGCACUACACACAUUUUACAGAAAUUGUUUGUCCCGUGUCCCUUCAUUUUCUCAGAUUGUAAAAAAGGUGUACUUUGAAAACAGAUUAGUAUUUAUAUCGUAAAUAUAAUCAAAAUGAAAACGAA